UCGAUGCGGCUGGAAUUUUUGCAUGUCUCCGAGGAUAAUAAAGCCAACUGUGCGCGUCUCUGGGCGUGGCACGGCAUGAUUCGCUCUUCCAUGGCAAUUCCGGUCGUAUCCUACUCUUAAAUUCUUUUCUCGUCAUAAUAGUAAAUGAAGCUGAAAAUAAGGAUGUUGCAACGAAAGUGAAGAAAUUUGGGACUGUCUUUAAUACAAGUAUGGAAAAAAGAGGCAGUGCGGAACUCCUAGGGCCAGAACAAAGCAAUUCGAAGAAUGCCAGUUCAGAUUCUCUCAACUCAGACAGCAAGAGCAGUUCGCUUAACUCGAAAAUGGGUCAGGAAUCGGAGAGUUGGGAAAAAGCUUCAAAAAGUUUUUCUUCAAGCUCCACUUCAACUGAUAAUAACAUAGUCUCUGCUCUAGAGGCUAAAAAAGAUAAUCAAGUAAAAAAUUUGACUGGAGGAGAUACGGGACCACCGCUGCUGAAUGGAGAACGGGUGCAAGGCAUUGCGCACGAAGUUACCUAUUUGUGUCCUUAUUCGGGACCUGCCAGAGGGAUCCUUAGUGUUACGAACUACAAGCUUCAUUUUCGUAGUAUAGAUCGAGAAACACCUUACGUUGUUGAAGUGCCGUUGGGGGUCGUUAGCCGGAUUGAAAAAGUCGGCGGCGCAUCGAGCAGAGGAGAAAAUUCUUAUGGUAUCGAGGUGUUUUGUAAGGAUAUGAGGAAUCUCAGAUUUGCUCAUAAGCAGGAGAACCAUUCCAGACGAGAUGUAUUCGAAAAACUACAACAGUAUUCUUUUCCAUUAUCUCACAAGUUACCUCUCUUUGCCUUUGAAUACUCUGAAACUUUUUCUGAAAAUGGUUGGAACGUUUACGAACCUAUUGCAGAAUUAAAGAGGAUGCUUUUCGUUAAUUUUCAGGGUGUAAAUAACGAUAUGUGGAAAAUAUCCAAAAUCAAUGACACAUAUUCGUUAUGCGACAGUUAUCCAGCUGUCUGGGCGGUACCUGCCGCAGCGAUCGACGAGGAUCUUCAAGCGUCCGCAUCUUUUAGGAGUAGAGGCAGACUUCCGGUCCUCUCAUGGAUUCAUCCUGAAAGCCAAGCGACGAUAACUCGUUGCGCUCAGCCGUUAGUAGGCGUCGGAGGCAAACGAAGUCGCGAGGACGAGAGGUAUGUCCAGCUGAUAAUGGACGCUAACGCACAAAGUCAUAAACUCUUUAUUAUGGACGCGCGGCCGAUGCCAAACGCGAUAGCGAACAAAGCGAAAGGCGGUGGAUACGAAAGCGAAGACGCUUAUCAGAAUGCGGAAUUGGUCUUUCUCGAUAUUCACAAUAUACAUGUUAUGAGAGAAAGUCUCAGGAAGUUAAAAGAAUUAUGUUUUCCCACAAUUGACGAGGCUCGCUGGCUAUCAGGCAUAGAAUCAACGAUGUGGCUUAAGCAUAUCAAAUGUGUUCUCGCUGGGGCUGUAAGAAUUGUGGACAAAGUCGAAAAUCACAAGACUUCAGUUCUAGUUCACUGUUCCGACGGUUGGGACCGAACAGCACAGCUUACAGCUCUCGCAAUGUUAAUGUUAGAUCCGUACUAUAGAACAGUCAAGGGAUUUGAGGUUCUAGUAGAAAAAGAGUGGCUUAGCUUCGGACAUAAAUUUCAACAGAGGAUAGGCCACGGUGAUGAACACCACAGCGAUGCAGAUAGAUCGCCGGUAUUUUUACAAUUUAUCGAUUGCGUUUGGCAAAUAAUGCGGCAGUUCCCUAAUGCUUUCGAAUUCAACGAACAUUUUUUAAUUACUAUUCUCGAUCAUCUUUACUCUUGCAGAUUUGGAACGUUCUUGUUCAGCAGCGAACGCGAGAGAGUGCAGGAGCAAGUGAAGCAAAGAACAGUCUCCCUCUGGUCGUAUACCAAUAGUCAAUUACCUCUUUAUCUCAAUCCUCUUUACCGGUCCGGUACAAACUAUCAACUCAUCCUAAUGCCAGUUGCUAGUAUGCGGUACAUCAAACCGUGGAAAAGUCUGUAUUGUAGAUGGAAUCCCAGUAUGCGGCAACAGGAUCCUGUUUAUCAAAGAACAAGGGAGCUUCUAGUCUUGAAAGAGCAGCUUGAAAAGCAGCUGGAGGAAGGUAGACGCGAACAGGCCUCACGUGCGAAUCGAUCCGUUACCUCGCCGGCGCCACCCAGAAUACAUUCCCCAGUUCAUAUAUAGCGGGGAACUUUGAUCGUCUGAUAAUUUGUAGUUUUGUAAAUGAGCUGUAAACUCUUGAUCUACUCUUUCGAGCCAGAUACAAGAUAUUUUGACUGAAUUCUGCUGGUGGAUGCUAUGUAUAAUAUGCCCACUUGAUAAAAACGAAUCUAGAUUCGUG